AUGUCUACAUCCUUUACGGAUCUUCUGCGUGAACAAGAGGAAGUAGCGGGGUGGAUUCUAAGAUUCUGGGCUAACGUAUGCAAGUUAGGAAAGGACAAGCUGACGGGAGCGGUUUUAGAGCAGACACAGGGUUUGCUCAACCGGUACUGGGACACGUUCCUUAGAGGUCACCGUAAAUUGAUGCGAUGCAAGGAGGUGAGUUCUAGUCCAUACGUCAAAGAGGACGCCUUUUCGGUCACAGAAGAAGCUUACCUUGACGCAGCCUCCAUGAUUUCCCAUCACCUGAAGGAGCUGCCGUCCCCUGGCUCCUCGCAAAGCCAACCGUCCAAUCUUGCGCCUCCGCCCCACCCGCAACUGCCUAAAAUCGAAUUGCCGAAAUUUUCGGGUGAUCCGUUACAACGGGAGAGCUUUCGUAACCUUUUUAAAAUUCUUGUCCAUGACGUCAGCCAUUUACCUGAUGUGCAAAAGCUACUCUAUUUGAAGUCUAGUUUGACAGGUGAGGCCGCCGAGGUCAUUCGGAAUAUGCCGACAACAGACUCCGGCUUCAGGGGAGCAUGGGAGGAUCUGGAAGCCCGGUACGGUAACAUUCGUCUGUUAUCGUUUUCACAUAAUCGUGCGCUCCUCUCGUGCCCAUCAGCCCUGCAGCAGUCAGCUAGCGAAUUGAAGCGGCUAUUGGACACUUUCCGCCAGGCGAUCAGGCCCCAAAAGCUUGAUAAAACUACUCACCUUGCUUGGGAGACCUCUUUGGCGGAUAGCAGGGAAAUCCCGCGGUUUCAGCAAUUAUCGCAGUUCUUGGAGAACCGGAUCCAAGCUCUAGGCGCUGCCGGUAUGACUGACUCAUCGCUCCAUGCUGCGUCGCCGGCAAGCUCUAAGGAAGUCAAACCUAAAACAAAGGGAGGAGGAUCAGCAAAAGGCGUUAACUCUACCGUCUUAGCCGCAGCGUCAAAGUCGCCCCCAGCCCGGAAAUGUCCGGGGUGUUCGGGCACCCACGGUCUAGGAUUUUGCUAUAAAUUCAAGGCUCUGUCGCCAGCAAAACGCAAGGAGCGCGUGCAACAGCUGAAGGCCUGCUUGAGCUGUUUGAAUGUAGGACACGAAGUGGGUAGGUGCCCGUCUAAACAAGUCUGUUUAGCUUGUAGCAAGCGACAUCAUACGCUACUUCACGAGGCGCUGACGGCUCCACCGACAAGCGCACCAGGCCGUGAAGGCGGACAGCCAGCAUGA